CAGAGAAAACAGUUUCAGUUCGAGAUUUGCUAACAUGAAGACGGAGACAGUUGUGCUGCUUAUUGUGGUGCUGGGCGCCCACUCGUUGUUGGUGCUGGGCGAUUGCGCAUUUGGCGGGCAAAAUUUGAAGGUGGGUCAGAGGUAUUCGCCGCCCGGACGCUGCACCGAGUACACUUGUCAUACCGGCGGUGCCCUUACAGCCAAGACCUGCCCGUCGCUGGCCAGCCUAAAGCCCUGCAAGCUGGUCGAGGAUGCCACACAGCCGUUUCCCAAAUGCUGUCCCUACUUCGAUUGUGAGCAGAAUCUGCGAUUAUAAUGCCUAAGCAUUAACAAAAAGCCCAAUAAAGGAUAUAUAAUAUUCA